UGGGUAUUUGCUCAGAAGUUCGUGCGACAGGUACGAGUUCGAUGAAGUCCGUCGCACUGUGAAGCUGCCCCUCACACUACAGCAUUAGAAGCGACACAUUUAUAAAAUGUUUGAACUGUAGUUUGCCUACAGUUAGUAGGGGUUAGGGGUUUAUGUUGUUCCCACAGAGUGCGUGGUACAGUUGCGACGCUGUUUAGAGUGAAGCUGCAGUGGGGGCGCUAGCUUAAAGAGAGACGCACGUGCUGACUUUACUUCACUUCACGUUUCGAGUCCGCACUGUGACGGUCUUCACAGGAAGGAGUGUUGAAACGGAUGUAUGACAAUGAGCCGCGCAGAGCAGUGGCUGCUCUCGCUCCUCCGCCUUUAACUUGACAUUUUAGGGACACACACCAUUCUGUGUUGGACUGUUCGGUGCUGCUGCCGCACCGCAGGAGUGAAGGUAAACUAAACGCGACUCAGUGGAUAGGAUUCGAAGCUGUGUGGCGAGGAAACAUGGGGACGCAGGGUACAGGACGGAAACGGUCCACGAAGAAGGAUAAGUCGACGGCGGAGGACGAUGCUCUGAAUCUCAUAGCGAGAGAGGCUGAGGCCAGGCUGGCAGCGAAGAGGGCAGCCCGGGCAGAGGCCAGAGAGAUCCGCAUGAAGGAGCUGGAGAGGCAACAGAAAGAGAUCUUUCAGGUGCAGAAGAAAUAUUAUGGCCUGAAUACCAAAUUAGAUGACCGUGUGGACAACAGAUGGGGAGAUAUUGAACAAUGGAUGGAGGAUAGUGAGAGAUACUCACGUUCUUCACAGAUACACAUGCUCUCAGACGACGAUGAGCGGAUGUCAGUGGGAAGCCGUGGAAGUGUCAGGUCGGAUCUUGAUGCAGUCGGUGCUUAUGGUGGAGGGGGUGCCUCUCAUAAGAAGUCAAAGAAAAAGAAGAAACAUAAGCACAAAGACAAAGAUAGGAAUGGCUAUGAUGAUAACUACAGUGUCAUAUCCAGCAGGAGCUCCAGACUCAGUGAUGAAAGCAGAGUGUCUCGCUCGUCCAGGCUAGACCUAACGAGCUCCUUACUGACUGAUGACAGCCGAGCAUCUCGUGCCUCCAGAUCAGACCUGCAGCCGACCUCUUUUACUUCCUCUGACUUGUACAAUGGUCUGUCUACCUCCAGAAACCAUGGUUCCACUUACAAUGGUUACCAGAACUAUGAAGACAGUCUGUGCAGUGGAUCACGGCGACUCACUGGCUCCAGCUCCCAUCCUUUAGAGUACACUAGUUAUCGCAGUUCCGGCUCCAGAGCCUCUAGUAGGGCCAGUUCAGCCCGCGCCAGUCCAGUGGACAACUGCAGCUCUGUUGCCAGUUUUUUGAGGUGUACAGCCAGUAGCAGUGGCCUCACACGGGACCUGGACGAUGUCACUAUACCUGACUUUCCAGAUGUGGAGGACAGAGAUUAUCUUGAGAAGGGAUCCCGAGCAGCAUCUUCCUUAACUGCAGCAACACUCACCUCUUUAGGUGGGACAUCCUCGCGGAGAGGAAGUGGAGAGACGGCUUUAGCUGUAGACGCUGAGACCUCCAUACGAGAAAUAAAGGAGAUUCAUGAACUGAAGGAUCAGAUUCAAGAUGUGGAGACCAAGUACACACAAAACCUAAAAGAAGCCAAGGAUAGAUUGACAGAAAUGGAGGAGAAGUAUCGUAAAGCCAUGGUGUCCAACGCCCAGCUGGACAACGAGAAAAACAACCUGAUGUACCAGGUGGACACACUCAAGGACUCACUCAUGGAACUGGAGGAGCUGCUCUCUGAGUCCCGCAGACAAUACGAGGAGAAGGUCAAGGAAUUCGAUAGAGAGAAACACACUCACGGUGUCCUUCAGUUCCAGUUCAAUGAAAUGAAAGAGACACUAAAACAAAGUGAAGAGCUGCUAAAUGAGAUCCAUCAGCUGCGUAUGAAACAGGAGGGUUUUGUUAGAGAAAUAUCUGACCUGCAGGAGACGGUGGAGUGGAAGGAUAAAAAAAUUGGGGCCUUAGAGCGGCAGAAAGAAUACUCAGAUGCUAUCCGAACUGAGCGAGAUGAGCUCAGAGAGGAGGUGGUGACGCUCAAAGACAUUCUGAAGAAACAUGGAAUAGUGUUGGGACCUGAUCUAAACAUCAAUGGGGACAAUGGUGAAGCAGAAGUUGAUGGUCCCCCAAGUGGAGACUCUGCCUGUCAGCCAGCUCAGGAUUCACAGAUUUCCCCCACAGAGGGAAACAGCGUGCUCGAGAUCCGCCUGAGGAAACUGGUGGAUGAGCGGGAGAAAAUGAUUGAGCAGGUGAAGAAACUAAAGGCUCAGCUGGAACAGAAAUCCCAGAAGAAUGGCUCAGACAGUAAUUCAAGCCCAGACGGUGAGAUUUUUGAAAAUGGCAAUGAUCCCAACAUAAUGGAAUUACAGAGAGAUUCCAGCAGGCAAAUGAGUGAUUUGAAGUUCAAGCUUGUGAAGGCCGAACAAGAAGUUACUGCUUUAGAACAAAAUGUGACCAGACUGGAGGGUCAGGUGACUCGCUACAAGACGGCAGCAGAGAACUCUGAGAAAGUGGAGGAUGAGCUGAAAGCGGACAAACGGAAACUGCAACGAGAGCUGCGGUCGGCGCUGGACAAGGUCGACGAACUCGAGUCGAACAACAGCCACCUUUCUAAAAGACUGGAGAAGAUCAAGUCUAGUCGUGGUAUGGCGCAGACUCCGUAGCACCAACCCUCCCCCAACACAUGUCAAAGCUGGCUGAUCACAUGGAAACAAAACCUCCUGCACUCUGUCUUUCAUCUGCCUGAUAGUUGGAAAAAAUGGAGAAAAAAAAUUCUAAAAGUUACUUAUUGCAUUCAAAGAAUAGAGAACUCCAUCGAGUAAUGUGCCAUUUCUUUGUCUGUUUUCUGUCCGAUGAGAAUAUUUCAGAUUUGUGCACACACCCAGGAAGUACAUGAGGUAGGACAGCAGAUGCUUGUGUACCUCACAACAUUGGUUGAUCCUCUGCACUGCUUUUUUUUUGGGAUUGUGGGGAUAGGGGUGGGGGGUUGGACGAAAGAACCCUUUUUUUAAUCCAGUAUAGCAAGAGACACAAUGUUGCACUGCCCUCUACUGCUGUACAUCAACAUAUUUACUUUGCUUACGAGGAGAAGGAGAAGAGACAAAUCCCAGGGCAGUGGACAGAGCCACUGAUUUUACUUUCAGGGAUGUGAGUGCUUUGUAUGUGUUGUGAAUGAAAGAGCAAAACUCAGUGUAUUUUCCCUUUCUGACUUUUGCAAUCCGAAGCCAAACUAUUUUUAAAAAUGUAAAUGUUGGAUAGUCAGUUCAGGUUUGUAUGUUUGAAAACUGAAUUGGACAAAAGGACUUGGUUCAGGUCAUAGACGCAAUAAAAUCAUCACGGCUAAAACAUCACCACCUGUGAGCUGUGCUAGUUCAACAGCAGCCUGACACAGGUUUAUGGAAUGUUACACAGCUUGACUCAGUGUGGACCUCAUCUUCUUAUAGUGUGUUCUAUUUGCCUCAGAGGUUGUUGUCCUUGGCAUUUAUAAUGUUACAUUACUGCCUUUGUCGUAACUGAGGAUGACGUCACACCUGAGUUAAAGUACGUCCCACUUUCCACAGAGAAAGGUUGAUCAGGUUCUUUGGAGGUUCUAGGGGUGGGCGAUAUGAAGAUAUUAGCUCAUGAAGGAUUAGAACGCGGUGACUAUCUGCCAAAGCAGAGAGAUAGUAACAUCGUCUAUAGGGCACAUUCUAUCAUUGCUGUUCUAUGCUCUUGCACGGACACAUCUGGGUUUUUUUCUCCUCUGAUUUAUGCCCACCCUAGAGAUACAGCGAUCGCCCAAUCAUGCCGAACUACAGGCGUGAAUUUGUCAUCCCCCACCCUUGUUUGAUACAGGCCACAUCCACACAGAAAUGGAACAAAAUGUAAACCAUCUUUUUGGCAUCAUUUUAGGAAAUAUCUCGUAAUAUCGUUCUGCUGCACGAGUGAGCUUCAUCUAGCUGUAUUUACUGCAGGCGGAGAGCUGGUCUGACUGUAGACCGAGAGGAGCAAGAAAAAAACAACUAUUUAAGAACAUACACUCAGCUUGAUCAGGAAGAGUCUCUGGACAUCUAGCUCUUCCAACAAUAAUAUAACAUAUCACAUUAGUGCCUUCUUUGUUUCAUCUUUCAUGACACUCAACUGACACUCCCUCUUGCUCCACUCACUCACACACACACACAGUUCCUGCACCACAGCACUCUCACAACUUGUGUAAAUGUGUUGUUUACCCAUUAAAUUAAAAUUAAAAUAGAUUUUGAGUGAAUUAAAACAGUCUGAGACUGAGUGUUACAAAAGUGCACAGACUGUUUCAAAUCUGUUCCGAAAUGCUGUUAUAUAUUUUUGUUCUUGUCAGGCUGUUUUUACAUAGAAUAGUUUGGUUGGAAUUGUUUAGUAACUUGCAAAAUCCUAAAAAAAAUAAAUCAGCUGUCAAAGACCAAUGUAAAAAACUAAAAACAUGAAAAUGAAAUGUGUGCACAUACACAAAUAGCACUGUACUAGUACUUGGACUAUAACGGGAUAAAAAAAAAUACCCCUUUGAUUUGGGCCAUGAGUCAGAUGAGUUGAUAAAUUGGAAUUACAACUUCAGGGGGCGCUACAAUCAAAGCUUUCAACUCAGUGGGUAAUUGCGACCUCCGAGUACAACUGGAACACACUAUUGUAUAGUAACAUCUCUGCUGGUUUCUGCUUCACUGGUUGACUCUCAUGCACAUAACGAGGACUCAAAGCCGUGUUAGACUGAAGACACUGAAGAUGCUGCUCCACUGUUUACAAACAUGUUUGUAAGGAAACUAAGAACUCUAAUCUGUGUGCAAUAAAAUGUCAAACCCUUUA